AUGGCAACUUGUGGAUACACUGUGGCUCAUAUACACCCUGAUACGCUUGUGACUAUUGGACCUCCAUUUGUUCUUGGUGGGUGGUAUUUGUAUGGACGAUGGCGUAAGUCUCUUGCUGAAAAGAAUAGGAAUAAAGUGACGAGUCAUGAUGGAAUCAUACUGAUAUGUAAGUAUGAUGAAUCACUGUUGGAGAACGUACUUGUUGGUGUUGAAAAUGAGUUUGAUCAUUUUGUAGAGGAAGUUAUCAAGAUAGCAGAUGCUAGAAUAAAAGACUUUCUUUUUCAGAAGUCGGCAGAUCAACCGUUGCAGUAUCUUUUAGACGAAAAUCAACAAGUUUCGGUUCAUUUGAGUAAAGACUUAGAUCUGUUUGUUGUUGGAGAAGAUGGGUCAUUCAUUAAGCUUGCUAUGCCUAUGUUUUCUUCGUCCCUUGUUGAGCUGAGGAAAAGAGUAGGUACAACUGAAGUCUACUUGGUACGACAACCAACCGAUGAUGAUGUGAAAAAUGAUGCUUAUCGAUGUAGAAUUGAGGUUGUACCAUUUAAACAAUUGAUACUGAAAAGUGAUGUAAUUGUGAUUGAGACAAAAGAAUGA